AUGGAUAAUUUGUGGAAUGAAGCAUGGGAUUCUUUGAUUCAAGAGGUGCAGAGAGAAGCCGACGAGGAGGAUGAGGCGGCGGCGGCGGCGAUCCCUCGUGAGAUUCAUCGUCGGACAAUCCCACGAGACCAUGUCGGAGCGGCUGAGCGGCUUAUGGCAGACUACUUUAGCGCUAACCCCCGUUACCCAGCUGAGAUUUUCCGUCGGCGUUUCAGAAUGUCGCGACCGCUCUUCACCCAUAUAGCGACGAUAUUGGCGGACCGGUACGGUUGCUUCAACCCCCGGAGUGAUUGCACUGGCCGGAUCAGACUGUCCACUUUUCAGAAAUGCACCUCUGCAAUAAGGCAGCUUGCCUAUGCCGGACCGGUUGAUAUGUUCGACGAAUACCUACAGAUGAGUGAGACGACUAGUCUAGAGAGUUCCUACGAAAGCCAACCCACUGAUGAGUGCCAGAGACUGCUAGAUAUGCACGGUGCGGUGCACAGUUUCCCAGGGAUGAUGGGCGACAUUGAUUGCAUGCAUUGGGAGUGGAAAAAGCUGCCUGGUGGCGUGGAAAGGCCAGUUUCGAACAAAGACAUCAACGUUCUGCAGACGUCGCCUAUCUUCAAUGAUGAGUGCCGGGGAGAGGGUCCAAAGAUCAGUUUCAUAGCAAACGGCACGCAGUAUCGCAGGGGAUACUAUUUGACAGAUGGAAUAUACCCUCAAGAUGAAGGAUUUGCUGCAGAACGUUGGGCACCGGAAGAUGGUGCAAGUACAAGUCACGGCGUUGCCUCCGCGCCGAUACAGAUGGGUGUACCACGUAGUAAUGAAUAUCUGAUCCAACGUUUCGCUGAUAUACGCAGGAGCACAACACAUGACCAACUCCAGGUCGAUUUGAUUGAAGAGGUCUAG